AUGGCUUCCCAAAUUGAUCAGGUUUUGGAAACUUCCUCAAAACGCUUACAGGCGAGCCACGGACAAAACUUAUUACCUGAUCCAUCAUCUUCAACUAUUUCCAAUGUUCCAUUAACCAGAUCUCACUUCUUAGAUGCUUAUAGUAAAGGUAAAUGGAAUCUUUCCAAAGUUCCUUGCCCAUCUUGCUUUGAAGGUGUUGAUUUGAUCAGCCCUCCAGAACACUAUAGUGAAGUUUCCCGGUUGAAAGUUGUGAAGAAGUACAUUAACUGUGAGCAAUGGAAAGAACGUGACGUAUUCUUAAGACUUAUUUCAAAAGCUUUAAAAGCAUUUCAUGUAAAUGGUGCUGCUAUUUCCAUUAUUGACAAUAAUAGACAAGUUGUGAAGUAUCAGGUCUCCCUUAACAUAAGUGAAUGCCCAAGGAGAUUAUCAAUCGAUGCACAUACAAUUCUCUCUACUGGGAAUUUUGUCUUAUUAGAUGCAUCUAAAGACUGGAGAACAGCUAAGAACCCAUUUGUUAAAAAUGUCCCAUAUAUCAAAUUCUAUGCUGGUGUUCCGCUUGUUACAAAAUUCGGUGCUGUCAUAGGUGCAUUUUCAGUGUUUGACGCUUUUCCGCGUGCUGACUUUGAAAGAAAACAAAUUGAAAUAUUGAGAGAACUUGCAGAUGAAGUUAUGACCAUAUUGACUUCUCCUUUGAAAAAAGACCGUUCAAAUACAACAACGAGCGUUCCUUUAAUUAAAAUCAUUGGUAGACCUACAAGUCAAGGGGUGGGUUACUCUUCAACUGUUUAUGAGAAGGAUGGCUCAGGUAGCCCAUAUUUACAAAACCACAAUUUCAGAUACAGUAAACAUGAUUCUUCAACUUCCAAUGAUUCACUCAUUAAUCAAUCCAUCUGGGCCAAAUUGUCCCCAUUAAGAGAUAUGAAACUUGCGUCAUCAUAUUUGGGUAAACUAAUUACGGAACAUUCCAAGUUUGAUCUAGUUUGUAUUGUUGAAAUUAGAGUUUCUCAACGUUAUCAAAUUUCAUCAGAAUUCUUUCCAAAUGAGAACAAGAUUGAAGCUGAGUCUUUCAAGUAUGCAAGCAAGCUUACAAGGAUUGAGAAUGAACAAGUGAUGACUAGAGUGUUGGGUUCUUUUGGGUAUGAUCCAAAUGAUCUUCAAUUUCCUUCGGGUUUAUAUUAUAGUGCAUUGAGCUCAGAGUUUGGUGUAUUUUAUGAUUCAACCAACAGCUCCAAUAUUAAAUUGAGAUCUGGUAUUUGUAUGCCAUUUUACAGAAUCCCAUCUAAAAUUGUCAGAAGAAAGAAAAUUGUUAGAAGUGAUAAAUUCUCAAACUCAAGAUCUAAACCAAUCGAGGUCUAUUUGAGAUCAGGUGGUUUCUUGAUUGCCGCUUUCAACGAAGCUGAACGUCCGAUUUUGGAGAAGGAUAUGAACUAUAUAUACAGCGCAGCUUGUACUCUUCGUCGUAUAUUUAUAUCAAAUUAA